AUAAGUAGCGACGAAACAAGACGAAGAAGGGUAGGAAGAAGAAGACGGCGACCAUGUUGAUUUAGCAAGAACAAACACAAUAGAGACCAGUUGGUAAAUGUGAGUUUGAGAUUUUGUUGAGCUAUACAUAUGAAUAUUUGACCAGCAUCGAUUAUAACAUCAAGAUAAGACUUACGGUGGAGAAAAAAGGUGACUGAGGUUUGAGUUGCUGGCCUGUUUAGUGGAGGAAACGCUACUCACCCCUCACCUUGUACACACAUGCUAACUGACACACAAGUGCAUAUAUAUGCACACCCUCACACAGCUGAAGUCUGUGGAGAACUACUAUUACAAGAAAGACUACACAGGUGAAGUUUGGUUCCAAUUAAAGCAAAGGGAACUUUUGGCGUUUUGGACUACAGUAUCCCAGGAUUAAUUCUGUUUUUGAAGCAUCAGGAAUUUUUGGUAUCAGGAAAUCCACUUGCAGCAUGACUGCUUGAAACACGAGGAUUCACAUUCAGAUUCAUUGUCAAUACAACUUUUUGAAGGGGAAUAAACAAGCAAAAAAUCCCUUGCAUUUUUGAAGAGUUCUGAAAAGCAGGAAAAGACUCUAUAACCAAGAGAGAGAAAAACAGCUGUUUUGAUGAACUGGCAUUUUUUGUUUUGGAAAACGGACUGAGGAAAACAAGAGAUUGAACUGUGAGCACGAGACGUGGAUAUUUUUUUCAGACUCUCUCUUGUUCAGUAUUGCCUUAGCUGUUCUAUGUUCUAAGUCUGCAGGACUUGUACUUUUGUGAAGCUUGUCUACAUAUAAUUUUCUAUAUUGUGGUCAGGUCUUCUAUAUUUAUGCAUAUAAAUGCUCAUUUCUCUUCAUUUGGAAGAGCUGGAGUAAUACUUAUUUUUCAUGACGUCAGUUGCUCUUAUUGAAAGAGGCUACACUGUACGUGCACUUGUGUAUAUGUAAAUACUAUAAAGACACUUCUAAAUAACUUUGGAUUUAAGAAAUAGAGUGCAUUGUAAAUGCUUUAUUAGCUUUUUUUUUGGUAUUAAUACUCUGGAAAGGGCAUUGAAACCUUACAGAGAGAGGACAAAAACAAACAAACAAACUUUAAAAGGCAAAGGAGCAAACCGAAGGAAAAGGAGAAAAAAAAAUGGCAACCGCAAGAACAGAAAGCAUGGGCCCCAUGGUGAUGGGUCUGAACAAGCAGAACGGGCAGCUACGAGGACAGACUAAACCUCUCUCCCAGUCAGGACCCCACUCUGUGAGCACACCACCUGGAAAGAUGACUGUAGGAGGAGGAGCCCUGAAGCCAGGGGGCGGAACCCAGGAAGGCGGUAUUAGGUUUGGUGAUGACUGGAAGAAGAGCCUACUGCUCCCCCCCAAAGACACCAGAGUCAGAACUUCUGAUGUGACUUCGACCAAGGGGAACGAGUUUGAAGACUACUGCCUGAAGCGGGAGCUACUGAUGGGGAUAUUCGAGAUGGGCUGGGAGAAGCCCUCCCCCAUUCAGGAGGAAAGUAUCCCUAUCGCCCUCUCUGGCCGUGACAUUCUUGCCAGGGCCAAGAACGGGACCGGAAAGAGUGGGGCCUACCUCAUCCCACUGCUGGAGAGGAUAGACCUGAAGAAAGACUACAUCCAGGCCGUUGUGAUGGUUCCCACCCGCGAGCUGGCCCUGCAGGUCAGUCAGAUCUCCAUCCAGAUCAGCAAGCACCUGGGUGGAGUCAAAGUCAUGGCAACCACCGGAGGAACCAACCUGCGAGAUGACAUUUUACGUCUGGAUGAGACCGUUCAUGUUGUCAUUGCGACACCGGGGAGAAUUCUAGACCUGAUUAAGAAGGGUGUGGCCAAAGUGGAUAGAGUUCAGAUGAUGGUCAUGGAUGAGGCAGAUAAGCUGCUCUCUCAGGACUUUGUGGUGCUCAUUGAGGAUAUCAUCAGCUUCCUGGCCAAGGGCCGGCAGAUUCUGCUUUACUCCGCAACCUUCCCCAUCAGUGUGCAGAAGUUUAUGAGCAAACAUCUGCAGAAACCUUAUGAAAUCAACCUGAUGGAGGAGCUCACUCUAAAGGGCAUCACGCAGUUCUAUGCCUACGUCACUGAGAGGCAGAAAGUCCACUGUCUCAACACACUCUUCUCAAGGUUGCAGAUCAAUCAGUCCAUCAUUUUCUGCAACUCCACCCAGAGGGUCGAGCUGCUUGCCAAAAAGAUCACCCAGCUGGGCUACUCCUGCUUCUACAUCCAUGCCAAGAUGAUGCAGGAGUACAGAAACCGAGUGUUUCAUGACUUUAGGAAUGGCCUCUGUAGGAACCUGGUGUGCACUGACCUGUUCACCAGAGGAAUCGACAUUCAGGCAGUGAACGUGGUCAUCAACUUUGACUUCCCGAAGAACGCAGAAACCUAUCUGCACCGCAUUGGUCGAUCAGGCCGCUUUGGGCACCUGGGUCUGGCCAUCAACCUGAUCACGUCUGAUGACCGCUUCAACCUGAAGUCCAUCGAGGAGCAGCUGGUGACUGACAUCAAGCCCAUUCCCGGCUCCAUUGACAAGAGUCUGUAUGUGGCAGAGUACCACUCGGUCUCGCCAGAUGGGGAGGAGGAGGAGCCGCCUAGACGUCCUGUGACCACACCCAACCAGCCCUAAAGCGAAGCAAUGACAGGCAGGACCACAGGCUAUGGUGUCACUGGCUUUUGCACAGACGUUUGCUUUUGCACAAAGGCUUCACACUCCUCUAUGGACAAUUUUUUUUUUUUCUCUUUUUUCCUGGCUUGUUCCCUUCAUUCUUUCAUACCCUCAAUUUUGCCAUUGCCGAGCCAGAUAAAGCAAAACGUUUCAUUCUUGUGCACAAAACUGAGGCAUGCACUCUUUUGGCCCUUUUUUUUUAUUCUUUUUUUUUUUUUAAAGAAGGAAACCCUAAACAUUCCAGAGUCCUUGAGUGACUUGCAAUAAAUAAACAGGGCUGAGGGCCUGGAGGACGAGGUAGAUCAACAAGCGAGAACAGAAUUGAUGUGCCCUGAGCUGGCUGUUGCUCCUUCUGUUAGCAUUUGGUUUAGGGAAGAAAAAGAAAAAGGAAAAAAACAGAUUUCAGAGGUCGUUUCAGAAAAUAGAGAGAUGGGUCCAUCUACAUACACACAGCAUGCAUGGUGCACAUUCACACACACACACACACACACACACACACACACUGUUUUGGUGUGUGUCCUUUUAAAGAAACACACAUGUACACACACAUACAUACAUACAUGCCCUGUCACUUAAGUGCCUUAAUUUCUGACCAACUGUAGACGUUGAGACGUUGAAAGAAAAGCCGACUAUCCUAGCUAGCAUCUUUGUGAUGCCCAGAUAUUUUAGAAGUCUAACCGAGGCAGAACAGUUAAACCUGCUCUGUGUUGUUGACAGGACUCCCCUUUUGAUGUGAUGCUCCGUGUACUGGCAGCCAAUUGGCUUCAAGUCUUAAGUCACACCAAGAACCAAGGGCAUGUCUGAACCAUCAAAACUAUUUAGUUUAGGCUGGAAAAUUGAUAAAAAGCACAAAAGCUUAUGGUGCUUUUUAAAGUAGGAGACCUCAUUCUUUUUUUUCCUAUUACGAGAGUUUCUGUUCUAUAAGGAUCUGCAAUUUGUGUGACAGAGUAGAUUAUUUUUCAGCACCUGUUUGCGAGAAUUUUUGAAAAUGACUAGGUACAAGGUGCCUAGGUCCUAAUACAAGGUGAUCUACUUCCUUUUUUGUUUUGAAUUGGCGCAAGGCGGUAUGUCAUGAUGAGGGCUUGUCCUCCUGUGGUGUUUUCACACUGCCCCUGUGAGCUCUGAAGAAUGUCUCUCCUAGGUAACUAUGCAUUUGGCUGCCGACUCUGCUUCAUGCUUCAUUCAUCUACAACACAUUACUUCCAACACACUGGCCACAAAACACAGGGCUACAAAACAGCCCUCCUCCAUUUAUCAGUGCCCUCUUGUAGAAACAUGGCAAUAAUAACACAAGCUUGCCAGCAUGAGUCCUGCAUUUGAGUUUUUCUUCCUACUUUGCAUGAUCAAUUUCAUCAUGGAGAUUGCAAAGAAAUGAAAUUUUAUCGAUCACGAUUCAGUUGACUUCCAGGCAAGCGUGACCUUAUGGCCUGCUAGGAUAUCUUGGGUCUUGCAACGGCAGGCUUUUACGUUUUAUGCAGCAGAGUGCUUUGCAUGAGAGGAGAACUUUGCAGGGCCAAUGACACAGCUGCGUGUGUGAGGGGAGCUCCACUCACGAAGCUAAGCUUCAUGCUGACCACCAGUCAGUGAGCGUCUUACAUGCAGUAGCACAUUCUGUGUACUAAUUGGUCAGGCUUCUGCAUAAAUUAAAUAUGAUUGGUCAGAGGGGGCUUGUGCUGAAUGAGAUGCUGUUCGUGUUUUGAAAUAAGUGAGUUGCCUGCCUCGGUUUUGUGCACAAAAAUAACUUUAUUUGAAGAAAAAUCAUCACCCCCCCCCCCCACCCCUUUUUUUAACAUUUUAUUUUUAUUAUACUGGCAAACAGGUGAAUGUACUACAACAGUUUGGAUGUUUUCAAGGUAAAAGCAAGCUAUACGUAGACCCUCUUUGUCCUCCAUCUCCAUCAGAUGGAGUGAGUCAGCUUAAAAGAAAAGAAAAAAAAAAACACACUUUUUAAAGCCUGUGGCACUGCUCAUCAUCUCAUAUCUCAACAAACUCGGUCAUGCUAAAGUGUUAAUUUUUCUUUGCGCCUUGUCCUUUUUUUUUUUUUUUCAGA